AACAAGAAGGGAAAGGGAGUUUAGAAAUGGCCGCCGUGAGUAAUGGUCGAAGUGCGAUGGAUCCCCAACCAGAAACGCAAAAUGUCGCGGUGGACCGUUUAAAGAGACUUUACCCCGCCGUGAACGAGGAAAAGUCGCCGUUGCCCCGCGCCUGGAGCCCCAAGGAAAAGUACAACUACAUCGGACUGUCCCAGAACAAUUUGCGCGUUCACUACAAAGGUCACGGCAAAACCCACCGAGAUGCUGCCAGCGUCCAAGCAACGCAUCCGAUCCCAGCGGCGUGCGGCCUCUACUACUUCGAGGUGAAAAUCGUCAGUAAAGGCCGCGACGGCUACAUGGGCAUCGGCCUGUCGGCCCAGGGCGUCAACAUGAACCGAUUACCAGGUGGAGUCCUUCUAGGCUGGGACAAACAGUCGUACGGUUAUCACGGCGACGACGGCCACUCGUUCUGUUCGUCCGGCACCGGACAACCAUACGGACCCACCUUCACCACGGGCGACGUGAUCGGAUGCGGUGUCAAUCUCAUUGAUAAUACGUGCUUUUACACGAAAAAUGGACACCACUUAGGCACCGCCUUCACAGAUUUGCCUCCGAAUUUGUAUCCGACGGUGGGCCUCCAGACUCCCGGUGAAGUAGUCGAUGCAAAUUUCGGCCAGGAGCCGUUCGUUUUCGAUAUAGAAGAUAUGAUGAGGGAGUUGGGGACGAGGACAAGGAUGGAAAUUAACGAUUUUCCAGUACCAGAAAGUCACGGAGAAUGGCAGGCCAUAUUGAACAAGAUGGUAUCGACGUACCUCGUCCAUCACGGCUACUGCAACACAGCGGAGGCCUUCGCCCACAUCACCGAACAACCUUUUAACGAAGAUAUAGUGUCUAUUAAAAAUCGACAAAAAAUUCUAAAGUUAGUGUUAGCCGGUAGGAUGGGCGAGGCCAUCGAAAGGACGAGUAGACUGUACCCAGGUCUCCUAGAGAAUAACCAGAAUCUCCUAUUUAUGCUCAAAUGUCGGCAGUUCGUCGAAAUGGUAAACGGUUCGGACGUGGAGAUUUGCCAUAGGAAAAGCGGAUAUUCACCUUCGUAUAGCGUCUCGCCUAGACCUAGUAGCCCUAUACAAACAUCGGUUAUACAAUCGACGAAAAACUAUAGCAAUAAAUCGAAACAAACCGUGGAAGAAAUGAAUCAAAAUAACACGACGACGACGACGGCGCCCACGCAUAACGGUAGUAGUUGUAACGAAGUACCCGUAAUACUCACGGACGACGGUGACGUCGAAAUGGACACCACCGAGGAGUACCGGAACGGGCACGGGGAUGCCUGCAACGGCAAAACAAAUAAUUCGACGAACGGGUACCAGAAUGGUAAUAGCCAUAAUAAUAAUGUCACGCAGGACGGCGAAUGCUGUGAUAACGAAGACGAAGACAUGGACGUGGACGUUCCAGUGUGUCGGAAGUCAUGUUCAAAACCGGCAGUGGAACGAAUCUUAGAAUUUGGUAGAGAAUUAUAUAGUAUGAGCCAACGGUUGACAGUAGAUAAAGGUUCUAGUGAGACAAAUCAAAAAAUGUUGGAAGAUGCAUUUAGUUUAUUAGCGUACUCAAAUCCCUGGGCCAGUCCCGUGGGUUGGCAGUUGCAGCCCUCACAAAGGGAGUCCGUUUGUGCUUCCCUAAAUUCAGCCAUUUUAGAAUCAAAUAAAAAGCCCCGUAAGCCGCCUUUAGAAGUCGCAAUUGCGCACGCCCACGAAUUGGUUAAGCUGAUGUCCACGUCGGGACUCGGCUCGUGUGCCUUCGCAUCCUUGGUUGAGAUCUUGGAUCAGUGACCUCUCUCGUCGCCCUUCUGCAUAAUAAUGCACUGACUGCCAUUCUCUUCUCAGAGAGAUGAUCUAACUGGUUGCGUCAAAUUGUCCAAGAAGAGGAACAGCUUUCUUAUUCCCAAUAGUUAAAGUUGCAGUUAAAUUUCUCGCUAUUGGCAGAACGGAUCGAUGGUCGGUAUGUAAUAAAUGGAUGGUGAUGUUGAUCAGUUUUAAGCGCAAAAUUGAGUCGGGUCACAACAAUAGGUCAUCAUAACAUGAAAUAAAAGUUGCAUGGAUUUGCCUCGCCAUUUAUUGAACAGUUGUCUCCAUGUGAUAACCUUACAAUCGGUUAGAGAGGAAGUCGUGUAUUUUUCGUUUAGAUUUAUUUGUUUGUUAUUUUGAUUUUAUGUAUAUGAUUGGCUAAUUUAGGUAAAUUUACGUUUUAACGUUUUCCGUUCGUAGUUUUAUUAUUUAACGUAUUUACGCAUAAAGUCACUUAACAAAUAACUCAAUCUGAAAUUAGAUAAUUUAUUUGUUGUAAGUUUGGGCGUUGAUAUAAUUGCCAAGAGACUACGUUUCACGGUGUUUUUAUGAAAUUUUUGAGAAAACUAGACAUAAUGACUAUAGAUUAGUUUAUUUGUAAAUAUGUUAUACAUAAUUAUGUUAUUACUCAAACAAUAAACUAAUAUUUAAUUACUUUUA